AUGGCGGCGGGGCUGAGUGGAAGCGGCGGAGAGAGCCGGCUGGUGUCGCUGCCUCUGUCCCGAAUCCGAGUGAUCAUGAAGAGCUCGCCGGAGGUCUCCAGCAUCAACUCGGACGCCAUUUUCCUCACCGCCAAAGCCACGGAGUUGUUCGUUCAGUACUUAGCUACACAUUCCUACAAACAUGGCCAAGGCAAGGAGAACAAAGCCUUAACCUACAGUGAUCUGUCCCGCACAGCGGAGAAGUCAGAGACGUUUCAGUUCCUUGCAGAUAUCUUGCCAAAGAAAAUACUAGCUAGCAAAUAUCUGAAAAUGCUUGAGAGAGAGGAGGGAGAGCAAGAGGACGGCGAGGAGGAAGAUGAUGAUGAUGAAGAGGAGGAAGAAAGUGAAGACGAAGAAGCAUCUUGAGUGUGACAAGACUGAAUCUACUGUGCAUUAACUUUGGAGACUCAUGCUCGUUUUCUCU